AAAGUUCCACAAUAGCCAAGCUUGCCCAAGACAAGACUCAACUCUUCUCUCGGAAAAUGUCUCCCCCUCGAGAGAAGAUCAAUUCAACCCUCGAGCUCAAAAUCAUUUCAGCUAAUGACGUCGGCCAUAUCAAUGUCGUGGAUAAGACGGACAUAUACGCUGUCGUUUCAAUCACCGGCGACAACAUUCAAAAGAGACAAGGUGCCAAAACACCCAUUGACUUCUACGGUGGUUCCAAUCCGACGUGGAAUCACACUAUGAAGUUCUCCAUCAACGAAGAAGCAGCCCUAUUGAUCCUCAAGGUCAAGUUAUUUAGCUAUUGGCUUGAUGGAGAGGAUGACCUUUAUUUGGGAGAAGUCAACGUUUCGGUUGAGGAGCUUCUUGCUUCAAAUCCGCUUCCACCGUUAACUAACGGUAGUGACUCUAAACUCGAGUUGGUGACUUACCCUGUGAAAAUCAUGGAGAGAACUAACGGAAUGCUUAGCUUCUCAUACCGGCUUAAAACGGCAGUACCGGUUGAUGAUAUGUAUCCUACGGCCCCGGAUUCUUCGCUAUCGUAUGGUCAACCCCUUUAUCCAACCCCAGCGAGUUCAGGUCAGCCCGUUUUGUAUUCCCCUCAAAUUCAAACCACAGUGACUAAACUGACCCUAGUGCUCAUGAUCAAAUCCGCUAAAGAUAUAAAUAAGGUCAACAUGAUCGGCAACGAGAUGAGCGUAUACGCUUCGGUUAUGAUUGGUGGAACCCUAUCAGCAACAUUUAGUGAUAAGACCAAGACUCCUAUCGCCUAUUGCGCCUAUAGAAACCCGAGAUGGGACCACCUAGUUACGUUUUCUCUUGACGAAAAGUUAGUUCGACAGGGUCUUUUGACUCUUAUUGUGAGAUUGUUCGGAGUUCGAACGUUUCUUGAAGAUAAGGAUAUUGGUGAAGUCAAAGUCCCGAUUCAGGAACUCUUUGAAUCAAAUCCACCAUCACUUAAGUCAACUACAGGUGGUGGUGAUGAUGAUAAUAGUAUGAGUUUGGUGACGCGGGGUGUAAGUGUGCCGGGUUCAUAUAGAGAGAAAGGAACACUAAGCUUCACUUAUAGGUUUCUUGCGGAGCAAGCUCCCCAGCCGUUUAUUAGGUCUCCGAUUCAUGGAACCUCAGGUUACGCGAUUGUUCAGCCAGGAGCAAAUGCUGGGCCGAGUAACGGUCAACUGCCAAUUUAUAUGCAGCAACAGAAUCACCAGUCACAUGGAUACCAAAGUUACACACCACCACAGCUGAAAUUGCAAUCACAGAAAUCGCAGUCUCAACUCCAACCUCUCCAGCAGCCACUAAUGCAUACACAAUCGCAAUCACAAUCACAUGAAUCACAGCAAUACCAACAAUAUUCUCCACCAGCGCCACAACAACUUCCACCAACACAAUCAGAGUCACAUACACAAAGUUCACGACCAACAAUGAAGUCGCAAGAAGGGAGUAUCGCAGCCCUAGGAUUAGGGGCGGCGAUUAUGGGACGAGUAAUAGGUGGAGCUUUAAAUGGGUGACAUGACGUCCGAUGAAAAAAACAUGUAAGAUGUUGAGGCCUGAUCGGCAUAAUUUAUUUCCAUUGGGUUUAACUACUUUUAAUUUCGUUACUGUGUGGUGGCAUUCGGUUUGGCUUGUGAAUUCUUUUGUUUCCUUCACUUGUUUGCUUGGGAAAAUUUAUGAUAAUAUGUAAUGCUCAAAGAGUGAGUGUAUGUAUUUCAUUGACUUGUAGUCAUCUAACAUUUCUCA